ACAUGGCCGGGUCCAAGGGAGGCGCCAAGGAGCCGCUGGACCCCGUGAGUCAGAACAAGAUCUUCUGCGAGACGGUUCGGAAGGAGCUGCGAUGCCAGCGCCUGCACACGGAGUACACACUGAACCCGCUCCUCAAGGUUCACACCUUAACUGGAAAGCCUGCGUCUUGGCAUGAUAACUUAGAAGAGCCUGCAGAUGCUAAGUUCCUGAAGCUUAUUCAUCAUGCUGCUCUUGAACCAACCAAGAAAUACACAGAACCUCAAACUGAAAGUCAAGAAAUUGGCUGGUUUUCCACACCUUUGGUCCCUAUCAAUCGGAAUGACAAUAGGCUCUACUUCCCAAGUCGGAGCACUGAAAUCACCAAAUACAUGGCUGCUAUGUGGCGCCUGAAAGAGAUGACAAAAGAUAAGAGAUAAGAACAUGUAGAUUACUGGAAGGACCACAGACACCAAUUAGGGUUUCUGAUCUGCAUGAUCCCCUCUCCUAAUUGUGACAAGAUGCAAAGUACGGGUGAUAAGCAAGGAAGAUCCCUUUAGUUUGAACAUUUAGUGUUUGCAAUAAACUUGUUCUUGCUCCCUGCCUAUAUUUGAUACAUGAGAAG